UUGUUUCAAACUCUUCACAAUUUAUUUCCUUGUGAAGAUUUUUCAUCGACAAUCGCUGAAUCAGUGAUGCAAUUUCACAUAAAUGACGGUCUUAAUCUAAAGAAGUGACAACAUAUGGAUGAUGCUGUUCUUGUUUUUAUCAAUUUUGAUAACCUGGUGAUUAAAAAGUAAUGUACUAAUGUCAUGGCAGACGAUCGUGAGAUUUUAAGGGAAUUAUGGGAAGGAAGAAUCCCUGUAAGAUUUUCACUGCCUUUGGAGGAGGUUGAUUCUGGUGAGGAACCAGAGUCUAUUUAUCUUAUGUUACCUAGACUAAGUUAUUUCCCCUUGGUGACAGACAGAGUUAACAAGCAUUUUUCAAAAUAUGUUAAUCAGGAAGAGGCAACAGAGAUGUGGCUAGCCUAUUCUGAACAACCGCUGAAAUGGCACUAUCCAAUAGGUGUAUUAUAUGACUUAUAUGGUGAUAAAGACUCAACACCUUGGAAUAUUACAGUGCAUUUUCAGGAUUUCCCAGAGGAUGAGAUAUUACAUUGUCCUAGUAAAGAAGCCGUAGAGUCCCAGUUUAUGUCUAUGGUGAAGGAAGCCGAUUCCUUAAAACACCGAGCACAGAUCAUUAAUAAUAUGCAGAAAAGAGACCACAAACAGUUAUGGACAGCACUAUUACAUGACAGAUAUGACCAAUUUUGGUCAGUAAAUAAAAAAUUAAUGGAAUCAUCAGGUGACGACAUGUUCAAAUACAUUCCUUUUAGAAUAUAUCAGAUUGAUAUACCAAAUAUUCAGAAAAUAUUUAAACCAUGCAAUACAGAGGGAGAAGAACAAAAUUUAGGGGAGUUACUACAUGAAUGUGUUCCACAUUUGUGGGAGGAAGAUAAAUUUACAAAGAGAGUAGUUACACACGGUAUAGAAAUGACAUUAAAUACUCCAGUAUUGUGGUUGUCCCAGAAUUUUAGUUACCCAGACAAUUUUCUGCAUAUAUGUUUACUGGACAAAACGGACACAGGAUGAUACAGAGAGUUCAAAAUCUAGGUCUAUUUAUUUUAAUUCUUGUGAUUUGAGUAAUUUCUUUGUGAUUCUUCAAAUGAAUAUAUUGAACUGUAUCAGUUAAAGAUAUGUGACACAGAUUCUGAUGAAAUGUGAUUUUUAAAAUAUGAUGAUAAUGAACGAUAGCAAUUCAGAGUCAGUGGUUAGAUGAAAGCCUGAAGUUUUCUUGAAUGUUUAGUUGAUGAAAAUCACAGAGAUGGAAAAAGCUAGAUUUCUGAAAAAAAUAACACAUUAGGACUGCUGGAUUUCACAUACGAUUUUGAACAUUGGUGUGGAUGUGUUAUGUCUCUUCCAUUCUAUGUAGUUAUCUUUAUAAGACAGUAAUGUGUAAGAAAGACAACAGAUAGUAAGAGAUAAAUGGAGCUUUGUUUUUAAGGUUGCAGAAUACAUAUAUAUUUGAAUGUCUAGAAAAAUCCAAAGAUCAUAACAUUUUUCAUUUAA